AUGCAACAUAUUAAAACCAAUACAGCAUUUGUAGCAUUAGCACGUCAGAACGCACGCAACCUAUUUGGAGCAAAAUCGAGUACAGUAUUCGGGCAUCACGGAGGAUUAUCAAACAGAGGGAAAUUUCAUGGAAACGGUUCAAAUAGAUCUGGUCAACAACAAAAUUCACAACAUAAUGGUACCUCAAAUUCUAGCUGGAUCGGUGAUAAUCAACAUCAUAAGAGACAAAAUGGUAUUUCAAAUGGAAUAAAUUCGAUAAGAAAUGUUAGAGGUGGAGCAACCUCUUCGAAUUUUAUUAGAAAUAAUAAUGUUUCAACAAGAUAUCGAGAAAAUAAAAGGUUUAAUAGUACAGUAGCUUCAACCUCGACGACAAAUCAUUUUAAUGUUGCUGGCAUGGGGGGAGAAAAUGAAUCGAGCAUAUGGCAACUAAAAAAUCAAGAUCAUCUUUUAUCUAUAAAUGAACUUAAUAACUCAAUGAGAGAGUUAAAUCGUAAAGGAUUUCUUUCCGAGUCUGAACGUCAUUUUCGUUUUAUUAAACAAUCAGGGAUAACACCAAAUAUAUUCACUUACAAUUUGUUAUUUGACACGAUUGCAAAAGCUAAAUCAAAUCACUACAGUAGUGAAAAGAUGAUAGAUUAUUAUAAUGAUAUGCUUGAAAAUAAUGUGGUACCAAAUUUGGACACUUAUAGUAUUGUCAUAAAAGGUUUGUGUAAGAUUGAUAUUGAACUUACAGGUAUAAUGAUUCGCCAGGAAAAUCGAUUCAAGAGAGAGAAUAAUUCGGCUGAUGAAAAUACAAUUCAACAAUUUAUUAGGCAGAAAGAAAAAUCCGUGAACUUUGCUUUGGAUUUAUUUGAGAAAACAAAAUAUCUGCCAAACGUUUAUUAUGACGUUGAUAUUUGUGAUACUUUAUUACGAUCCCUUGCGAAUCACGGGAGGAUAGAUGAUGGAUUGGCAGUUUUCGAAUAUAUGGAGACAAAUGAUAUCAUUUCGACAUCCACAUUUGGUUAUUUAAUAUCAUUGUACAGUCAUGGUGGUGACAUGCAAAACGCAUUGGAAUGUUUUAAUGAAUUCCGGCGGGUUGGCCAAAAUCUACGAUACCAACGCGAACCUUUAUCUGUAUAUAAUCAAUUGAUUUCCGCAUACAUGCGUUGCAAUGACAUACCACGCGCAAUCGAAGUUUUACAGGUAACGAUUCCCGAAGCAGGUCUUGUGGCUGACGAAUGGUCAUAUCAUUAUUUUAUCAGAGACCUAUGUGAUCGUGGUGAGCUAGAUAUAGCAUAUGAAUGGUUUUUAAAAUGCAAGAAUGAUGAAUCUUUACCUGAUCCCAUUUUAUUCACACAUGAGAUUUUAUUAUUGAACUUUUCAAACAAUGGGGAUUAUGAAAAGGCAACAGAAAUAUAUCAAGGGAUGAAGGAAAAAGGGUUGCCCCCUAAAUAUUCGGAGAGAGCGAGUUAUUUUUAUUUAACGCUUCAAAAAGAUCCGGAUAGAACGUUUGAACUUUUGGAUGAUAUGAUAGAAAUGGGAUCCUCCACUGAUAUUAAUUUAACAAAUAAGAUUCUUGAACAUUUUGAUCAAACUGGUCAAAUUGAUAAAGGAUGUCAAGCCCUCUUGAAGAUUAUGAAUGCUUCGGAUAAUUAUUACAAUAAUAAUUUAUGGAGGCCAAUGAAUCCUAAAUCACAACCGGAUCAUAUGGAAAAAUACAUUGCUUGGUUAAGAGAUCCGAGACUUUCACUUAAAGAUACUAUUAGCGCCAAAUAUAAUCUGUGGUCAUUGAAAAAGAAGAGAAUUGAGUCCGUUGAACUGGAAAAAUAUGAUAUACUAAAGAAAGAAGGUAACUUGAUACCACAAUUAAAAGAACUCGAGCCAAUUCAUAUACAUUAUCUAUUCGAAACCUCGAUUUCAAAUUAUCACCACGUAGAUAAUAAAAAUCAGGACAUACUUAGGUCUAGAAUAUUUGAGAUAGCGAAUGAUGUUAUACAAAGUGGAAAUUCAAUACCUUACAAUACGUUAUCGAGAGUUAGUUAUGAAUUCAAAGAGUUAUCGGAUUUAGAGAGUUUGGAAAAAUGGAAAGGUUUGCUUUCUACAUCCUUCGAAAAUGAAAAAGAGAUCACCUCUCCUACCGCUGGUAGGGAACCCACGAUCAAAGAAUUCAAUCGAUCAGCUGAUUUGUCAAACCUUUGUAAAACAAAUGUUUUCGAUACCGAUCAUUUUAUGAAGGAAUUUCAUAAAAUGCUUAAUGAAGAUUUGUUACCUACGCCUGAACUUGUUAGUCAAGCCAUAAGAAAUUUAGGAAAAGCCAAGGAGCUUGAAAAAGCAUUAGAGGUUUAUAAUCUUACAUACGAUUUUCAUCAAAAGUGGAAAUCUCCUAUCAGAGAGAACACAUUGCAUUACGCUCGUAACAGCAUGCUUGUUGCAUACGCGACUAGUCAUAAUUUGGAAGGUGCAAACAAGAUGUAUCAAGAAAUUAUUGAUUCAGGACGUUAUCCGGAUGCGAAUGCGAUUGCUGAUUAUUUAGUAUGUGAAGGUGAAAGGAACACGGAUGAAGCGACAACGGCCCUUAAAUUUUACAACGAAAUAAAGAGACGUGGUUUUAGAGCCACCACAUACUUUUAUAAUGUUUUAAUCAGUAAACUUGGAAAAGCGCGUAAAUAUGAUGCCGUAUGGGAAAUAUUUGAAGAGAUGAAACGAUUAAAAAUUCAACGUAAUGUGGUCACUUAUGGAGCUUUGAUUGCAGCAUGUGUUCGUGUAAAAUCGGAAGAAAAGGCACUUUCAGUAUUCCGAGAAAUGGAAAGGCUUGAAAAAUAUCAACUGCGCAUUGGACCAUUCAACUCGAUGAUUCAAUUCUAUACAUGGGACUUACAUAACAGAGAAAAAGCACUCGAAUUUUUCGAAGAAAUUCGAAAGCACAAAUUGAAUCCAUCUGAGCAUACAUUUAAAUUAUUAAUAGAUGCUUACGCUACAAUUGAACCUUAUGAUAUGCAUUCAGCAAUGAAUGUUUUUAAUAUAAUGAAACAAGAUGGAGUGAUACCACAAUCUACACAUUUCGCCUCUUUAAUUUAUAGUUAUGGAGUUUGUCAAGGAGAUGUACAAAAUGCUUUGCAAAUAUUUAAUUCGAUGCAAACAGUUCACAACAUUCGACCGGAUGAAAACGCGUAUCAAGCGAUAUUUGAUGCAUUAAUCGCUAAUAAGCGUAUCGAGGAAGCGGAAGAAUAUUAUGAUGAGAUGCUAAUGCGAGAUGAUGUGAAAUCAACUCCUUAUAUUGAAAAUUUAUUUAUCAGAGGUUACGGACAGUUGGGUCAAUGGGAUAGGGCAGAGACCGUAUUUAAUAAUAUGAUAGAUCUUAAUGAUACAUCUGAUCGUAUUGGUGUACCAAGGGAACCCAGUACUUAUGAAGAAAUGGUUAAAGCUUAUGUUAUUAGUGGACAAAUUGAGAAAGCUCAUGAACUUGCUAGUAUAUUGGAACGUAAAGAUUUUCCAGAGAUU